UUUAUGCCGUUCUUGUUUUAACGGAGGAAAGGAAGGUGAGCCGGAACUCACAUUGUCCAAUAAGGUCUGUGACCUUUGCCCUUUCUGCCAUGGUGAGCGUGGAGUCGUCACACGCGCUGCUGCUGGAGCGGCCCUGGGUCCCGGUCUGUGUCGGGGGCGUCCAGCUCCUGGCAAAGUCCUGCUUUGGUAACACGGCGUAUCGGCUGCUGUUGACGGACAUGGAGUGCGUGUGGGAGGAGGAGAUGAGCGCAGCCGCGAUCCAGGACAGGGCUCGGGACCUGAACAGGCGUCUCCGUGCGCCCGUCUCGGCCUUCUUCGCUCACCUGUGUGCGGUUGCGCGCCCGUGUCUCACGGGGCAAGGGGACGGAGGAGGGGAGAGCGACCGGAAUGAGGCGGAGUUCACCCUGUCGCGCUCCGCGGACGGCCUGACGGUGCGACUCAAGAGCGAGCUGGCGGGGGUGCCUUUCUACUGGGAGUUCCACUGCACCCCCGCCUCCGUGGCAGAGGUGUGCAGUCACUUGGUGCGCCCUCUGCUGGCUAUGAGCAGGCUAUUGCAGAGGCAGGUGGGAGAGCUGGCAGCCCUGCUCGCCAGGAAGGAUGCUGAGAUCCAGGACUACAAAGAGAACGGGGCCGUGCUGAGCAGAGGUCGACUGUUGACAGAUGUGUUUGAAGAACAGACGUACAGAGAAAACUUACUCACACAGGUCCUGCCGCAGGUGUGCACUACGCAGGACUGCCUGGGGUUUGACGCAGAGCUGCAGGAGCUGUACACUGCUGUGAAUGUGCACAGGGCCUCACGCAAACGCAGGAGCCCUGACGACCAUGUCCCAGGAGACCGCUCCCCGAACAGCCACAGCGACCCCGAGCGCCAGGCCCCUGAUAAUGCCCCCAGCAGCCCCGCACUGGCAGGGCAGGAGCUCAGCGAUGCUCCGGCUGACAGAGGGAGCAACUCGGCUGGGCCGGAAGAGGAAGCCAGGUCGGCAGAACCGGAGGUGCCUCAGAGCGAGCAGACUGUACCCCUCAACCCUACCCCAUCGGACCGCUCUUCCUCACGAGCCCGGAAGAAGAAAAAAGUGGGCCUGUUCCGCUGACCCCCUCCCAAAGGCAGUCUUUCCUCUCUA